AUGGAGUGCCAGUCUCUUGCCAAGGCCAAGAUCCCAGAAGUGCUGAAAACCUUGGAAGAAACAAGGACACAGAAAAAUCAGUACCAGUUUUAUGGAGACCUGUGGGCCUACUUUACCUCCAUAGACGGCCAUAGACCGGGCCUGGAUAAGAACAUGUUGGUGGAGGAGGUGGAGGAGGCUAAAUGUGACCAGUCUGGGAUGUAUCUGAUCAGUGUGGAGGAACACAAAACGAAUAGAGACCAUGGCAUGGUCCAGAUGUCGCUGACAAAGGAUGAGUACACUUGGUUUUCAGACUUCCUCAAAUUCAAGCACUGCCUCCCAGGGGGAAAGAAGUCCCAGCACUUUUUUUUCAAUUCUACAAGCACUCAGCUCAAGAACCUGCCUGCCUACCUGAGGGAGGUGUGGAAGGAGAUGGGUCUGCCUGAAACCCCUACCUUCACUGACCUGCGGACCUCCAUUGUCACUCAUGAGUACCAGGAGAUGGCUCCUGACUCACACAUGGGCGUGCUGGGGGUCCAUGGCCGGGUUGGGGGGGGACCCCCAAGGGGGGGCAAACCCCACUUUACCGUUCACCUGGAAAUCGGAUGGUUUUCACUAGGAGAACCAGGGACCGGCUCCUGA